AUGGAGCAGCCUACUGGUUUUGUUGAUGCAGCUUUUCCAGAUCAUGUUUGUAAGCUCAAAAAGGCCCUCUAUGGUCUAAAGCAAGCCCCACGAGCUUGGUUUCAUAGAUUGUCACAAGCUCUUCUCCAUCUUGGUUUUGUCGGAUCCUUAGUAGAUACCUCUCUUUUUAUGCUUCAUCAAGGCUCUGUUCAUAUUUACAUACUGAUAUAUGUUGAUGAUAUCAUAGUAACAGGUACAGAUUCAUCUAUCAUGGAGACUCUCAUCCACGGCCUUCAAAUGAAAUUUAAGUUGAAAGAUCUUGGUUGCCUUUCAUACUUCCUAGGCAUCCAUGUCCUUCGUGACAAAACUGGCUUGCAUCUAAAUCAAGGUAAAUACAUUAUUGAUUUACUUGAUCGUGUGCAAAUGCUUGGAGCAAAGCCCUAUGCCGCACCCUGCACUUCAGGCAAGAAGCUCACCAAGCUUGAUGGUGAUACUCUACCAGAUCCCACAACCUAUCGUCAUAUCAUUGGAGCUCUACAAUACUGCACACUCACAAGACCUGACAUAGCCUACACUGUCAAUCAAUUGUGUCAAUUUCUCCAUUGUCCAACUACAGAACAUAUGAAGGCUGCUAAAAGAGUUCUAAGGUAUCUCAAAGGCACACCAGAUCAUGGCCUUCACUUCACUUCAGGUCCUCUUCAACUUCAGGCAUACUGUGACUCUGACUGGGCAGGGGAUCCUUUUGAUCGCAGAUCCACUACAGGGUAUUGUGUUUUCUUCGGCUCCAACUUAGUAUCUUGGCAUGCCAAGAAGCAGCCUGUUGUCUCGAGAUCUAGCACCGAGGCUGAAUAUCGUGCAAUGGCCAUUACAGCUGCUGAACUCUCAUGGCUUCGAAUGCUACUCAAAGAAUUGCAAGUUUCUCUCCAUGAUCCUCCUGUACUCUGGUGUGAUAACAUAGGAGCUAUUGCUUUAGCUUCUAAUCCCAUCUACCAUGCUCGUACCAAGCAUAUAGAAGUUGACUACCACUUCAUCCGUGAGAAAAUUCUUCACAAAGAUCUUUGUGCUAGCUACAUCCCAACUCAAGAUCAAUGUGCUGAUAUCUUUACAAAGGGCCUUACCUCCUCUCGAUUUCUUUUCCUCAGAGACAAACUCAUGGUUACUCCCCCUCCCAUUCGUAAUGAAUUGCUAAUGUUGGAGAUGCUCGAUCUUAUCAAUGGUGCGAGCCACUCUGUCACUGAAAAGCUUUUAAGAUAUCACGUGCCCCGUUUUGAAAUAUUUGCUUAA